ACAUAAAAGAAAAGAUAGUGUGAGCAAGUGACCCCAUUAAUGGUGUUUUUAGCAACUCACCUCCAUUAACUCAAGUAGACCCUUCUCUUCAAAACCUCUUUUUUUCUCCACUACCCUCAUCUAUUUCAGAUCUUCUUUACCAACCUCAAUAAAUAAAAACGUCUUACCAUAUUUUCCCUUUCUUUUUCUUCGAAACAACGCCUAUCCUACCAACUUUUUCUUCUCAUUCUUUAUGGAGAAAACACAAGAGGCCUUUCAACUUUGAUGAAUCAAUCAAAAUCUAGUAUGGAAAUCAUAACCAUCACCUGGGAAGUUUUUCUUCUCUCACUCUUUUUCGUCUCAGCUUCAUCUCAAUUCACCGACCUGUUCUACCCGGGAUUCAAAGAGGUUGCCCGCACUACCACUACUGCGACUACUAACAAUCUAACCUUAACAGGAGUUGCACAGAUUCAGAAAAAUGGUAUCUUGAAACUGACAAACGAUAGCAGAAGACUCAUUGGUCAUGCCGUUACAAGCUCUAUGAUUCGAUUAAAGAACUCCACAAACGGUAAAGCUUUCUCCUUUUCGACUUCUUUUGCAUUCACCAUCGUUCCAGAGUACCCCAAGCUCGGUGGCCAUGGCUUCGCUUUCACCAUCGCACCAUCCAUUGACACAAAGGGUCUUCCGAGUCAGUAUCUUGGUAUCUUCAACGCUAGUGACAAUUCUGGAAACUCCUCCAACCAUAUCUUCGCUGUUGAGUUCGAUACAGUUCAGGAUUUUGAGUUCGGUGAUAUCAAUGAUAACCAUGUCGGAAUUGAUAUCAACAGCUUAAACUCAACUUUUGCUGGUGCCGCUUCGUAUUUUGAUGAUAAGGAUCCCUCCAAGACAACUAAUUUCAGUCUCAAUGGGAAAGCGAUUCAGGCUUGGAUUGAUUACGACUCUGCUGACAAUCUUCUCAGUGUGACGGUGGCUCCAUUUUCGAAGAAACCCAAAAAACCGCUUCUUUCGGUUAAGAUGGACUUGACACCGAUUUUUCAAGAGUUUAUGUACGUGGGUUUCUCUGCUUCGACGGGUUUACUCGCAAGCUCUCAUUACCUCUUGGGUUGGAGCUUUAAAGUCAACGGUCAAGCUCGAGCUCUUGACAUGGCUGAUCUUCCUUCCCUUCCCGGUCCAAAGAAAAGCCACACAGCUAUAGCGAUCGGCACCGGAGUUUCAGCCACGGUAUUAUUAAUUUUCUUAAUCCUUGUCGCCGUAUACCUCUUUUACAAGAUCAAGAACGCGGAUCCAAUCGAGAAAUGGGAAUUAGAGCUCGGUCCACAUCGUUAUUCCUACGAAGAACUCAAGAAAGCAACGAAAGGUUUCAGAGAGAAGGAGCUUCUAGGAUAUGGCGGAUUCGGGCGAGUUUACAAAGGAACCAUUCCGAAAUCAAAAGUCCAAGUGGCAGUGAAGCGAGUUUCGCACGAAUCUAAACAGGGUCUCCGUGAAUUCGUGGCAGAGAUUGCCAGCAUCGGUAGGCUCCGUCACCGGAACCUGGUUCAACUUCUGGGGUGGUGCCGUCGACGUGGCGAUCUCUUAUUGGUCUACGAUUUCAUGUCGAAUGGGAGCUUAGACAAGUACAUCUUCGACAAGCCCAAAACGAUUCUGAACUGGGAACAGAGAAUGAAAAUCAUAAAAGGAGUGGCUUCAGCUCUGUUAUACUUACACGAAGGCUUCGAACAAGUGGUGCUUCACCGAGACGUAAAAGCCAGCAAUGUAUUACUAGACAGCGAGUUAAACGGCCGACUCGGCGAUUUUGGACUCGCCAGGCUCCAUGACCACGGCUCCAACAUGAGCACAACACGUGUGGUGGGUACAUUGGGGUAUUUAGCACCGGAGCUACCCAGAACGGGAAAAGCCACGACGAGCUCAGACGUUUAUGCAUUUGGGGCUCUAUUGCUCGAAGUGGCUUGCGGGCGUAAACCCAUUGAGCCAAAUGCUCCACCGGAGGAGUUGGUGUUGGUUGAUUGGGUAUGGGACUAUUACCAAGCUGGGAGAGUCCUUGAUGUAAUAGACAAGAGACUGAAUGACCAGUACGACGUCGUUGAGGCAGUGAUGGUGGUGAAGUUGGGUUUGAUGUGUUCGAACAAUGGGGUGCUGGCUCGGCCUAGUAUGAGACAGGUGGUGAGGUACCUUGAAGGAGAGGUUAUGGUUCCCGGAGAGUUGAGAGCCCCCGAUGAUGAGUUAGAAGGGAAGAAAUAUCAGAUGGGUAUUGGUGGUCAUGACGGUUUUGAUGAUUUUCUGCACUCUUUUCCAUCAUCUUCGUUUGAUAAUUUAAGUGGGUCUUAUUCGUUUAAAGGGAAUAAUAAUAAUAGUCACAGAGAUGGUAUGGACCAGAGUUUUGCUUCUCUUUCUACUUCUCCUCUCUCUCUUCUCCAACAUGGUAGAGGUGAUACUACUAGAUUAUCAGAAUAGUUUCAUUACAUGGAAAAUAAUUAUAUAAUACGCAAUGUAGAUAGAGAGACUCGUUGGAGAGUUGAAAUCAAUUGAUAACUAUAGUGUUAAUUUGUUUUGUUUGUUUGUAACACCAAUAUUGGGUUUUUAAGUUUAUUUAGAGUAAACCAGACUAUGAUUAAUCAUAUACAAUCAUGCUGUAAGGGUUUAGGGGUUUAGACCUUGUUUGAUGUAGACCUCGAUUAAUGUCUUUUUUGUAUUGUUGUAUUUCUCCAUUUUCCUCAUAUUAUUUGAACAAGUCUUCUUACUUUU